AUGCUCUCGCUCACGAGAAGAGCUCGGGGCCUCAGCCAACUCCAAUUUGCCGCCUUCCAACUCCGAACUGCCCGAACCGAUGCCGAUUCUGGCCCAAGGCGCCGACGGUCCAAAUUCUCGCCAUCGUCUAUGCUGAAAAAGACUGACGAUAAGUCUGAGUGGUGGGUGGUGGACGGCGAAAUGCACGAGAUAGGAGAGAACGUGCCGCCAAGAGAACGGUUUGUGAUUCCGAGAGAAAAUAUUCCCAACAAGAGGCGCAAGCAGCUCCGCGAACAGUUCAUGCGUCGCACGCGCCUCGUUCUGAAAGAAUCCGAGCAUGAACCUUGGUGCAAAAGAUAUAUGGAACUAUAUAAUGAGACGAGAGAGAACUGGGAGAGGUUGUACUGGGAUGAGGGUUAUUCCAAGAAGCUUGCUCAAGAUCAUGCAAAUUACGAUUCUGCUGAAGAUGAUGAUGAAGAUUUUAAUCCAUAUAGGAGAAGGCAACCCCAACCUGAGAAAAUGAAGGAUCAAGGUUUGGGCAGAAAUAGGAGAGAUGAUACCUGGGAAAAGGUUGGUCAAAUCCGUGAUAAAUUUGAAUAUGACAGAGAGAGAAGAAUGAGAGAAAAAGCUUUUGCCCCAAUGAAUGGAGGAAAUGAUUUUGACACGAAUGAUUCGGUUUCAAAGUACAAGCCUUUUGACAUUCGGAGAUAUAUUUCUGGGAGUGAUAGUGACUGA